UGAGGCACAAAACAAAACAAAACAAAAACCAAAUAUCCAGGUGAAGAAGCGAAGGUCGGAGAGAGGCAGAGAGCAAAAUUUCGCAAUCCUACUUUCUUCUUCUUGGAAUUUGUGGCUCACUGUUUGGUUCUUUGCCUCUGAGUAAGCUAUUUGAAGGUUCUUUUCGCCGGAAACUAUGGCGAAUUGAUUGCCCGUGGUGUAGUAUCGCCGGAAUAUUGCAUAAUGUUGAGAUUUAGUCGGGGAUUGAGUUCAAAUUGACGUUGUAGUAGCGGAAAAGUGCUCAUGGAAAGAAGCAGAGAGGCAAGAAGAUUGAAGGUUACUGGGUCGACAAAUGGAUUGCGGAGACGGCGACAGAGAAGCAGUAGUCUCCGAGAUUCUCCUGAUGGGGAGAAGGAGAUGCAAGAAAAAGUCAGGUUAAGAGACCGAACGAGAAAGAGGGACCGGAAUUUGCUGAAACGGAAUAAGCGGAGGAGACGAGAUAAACCUUUGAGAAGGAGUAACAGAGAAGGAGAGGAAAGUUCAGAGGAGAGUUCAGGUGAAGAAGAUGACUACGAAUCCGAGCACAGUAACCGCAAAAUAUCGCCGCCGGCGAGAGUUUUGAGGCAGGAUCCGGCGUUGAAGGCACCGGAUGAGAUUAUUGCUGUUUCAGUCCCGAGAAAGGCUCGCUCAGCUUCUGUGAAAAGGUCGCAUGAAUAUUUGAUGAACGGAAAUGGUGGUUUUAGGGAGGACCAAAAUCACCGGCGACCUUCAACCUCACCAGCGAGGCAGAGCGCGGACUCAGAGCUAUCUUCACCGUCGCCUUCAAAUGUCUCCGUUAGGAAGAAGAUGAAACCAAAUGCACUCAAGACUUGGUUUCGAAAGGUAUCCAAGCCAUCUAGCUCAGUAGAGGAGGAGGGUAUUGAGAUCGAGAUCGCUGAAGUGUUGUUCGGAUUGAAACAAACACAGGGCUGCAAGGAGGAGAACAGCAUCGGAAAUUCAUUGCAAAAGCUUGAAUCUAACGAUGGAAAUGCUAAAUCUCAUGGUAACGAGCAGUUGGUAACAAGCCCUGCAUCUGAUUCCUUGAUUGGUGUAGCUCAAGAGAAGAAGAAAGUGGAAGCUGAGAAUUCUGCACCUCUGGUUCAUGUGCCUUUGGUUGCCGAGAAUUCUUCAUCAGGAAUUUCUUCUCCUAAAUCAGGGAAAGCAUCACAUGAUAAAGAUAAGGAUGCUCAUAAAACUGCAUCUGUGUCAUUGGAAUCACGGGAGAACUCAAUGAUAAAUCAGGGAGAUUCGAGAUCAUCUCUUGAAGAACCAAAUUGCGUAGGUAGCCCUGAGACCAAGGAAAAAUCUGGUUCGACUAAAGAAGAAUGUACUAAAUUGGAUAGUGAUUCGACAGUGACAAAAGCAACAUUGACGGUCUCAGAAGUGAAGAGCCAACGUGAAGAGAAGUUUAAGAUUGAUUUAAUGGCGCCUCCUCCUAUGCAAUCAUCUCCUGAAAAGGAUGGCUUGACUGAUUUGGAAUUUCAUUCCAAAGAAAAAACACAGGACACUGAAAAGAUGGAAGCUUUGGUGAAGUACGGGAAUAAAGCUGUGAAGAAAGAAGUGGGACUAGAAAAAGCUGAAAAGACGAUCACAAUUAGUGAAAAGAGGGAAACGUUGAAGCUUGAUUUGGAGAAGUCUAAUCAAUUAGAACAACAUGAUCAAAAGCAACAGCUUCCCAAAGCUAGCAUUCCCAAAAUGGAGAAAACUGUUCAAUCUAGUUCUGUACCCAUGCCAAUUGCCCUAGCUGGCUGGCCAAAUGGUCUUCCACCUCCGAGCAGUUACAGCCUUCCCUUUCCGACAGUUGCACCAAAUGGGAGUGCUGGAGCAUCCCCAUCCACGGUACUGCAGUCUCAUUUCCUUCCUCCACAGCCUCGUCCAAAGAGAUGUGCCACCCACCAUUAUAUUGCUCGCAACAUUCAUUUACACCAGCAAUUGGCAAAGACGAAUCCCUUUUGGCCAGCAACAUCUGGUUCUGCUAGCGUAUGCAAUAUCUUGCCAUCGACAGAAAACUUCAUUAUGGGAAAUCCAUUACAAGGAAGCUUUCCUGUUCUUAAUCUAAACGCAACAGAGGAGAAAAGUCAAGUUGUUGCAAACUUUGCUGGUCUUACUAGGAAAGAUAAAAGCUCUGAGAGCACCAAUGUCAUUGACACAGCACAGAGAAGGCAGAUUUUGAGUCAGCAGGCUUCGCAACCAGCCUCAUCUGGUAACUUAAUGCAUGGACCUGCUUAUAUAUUCCCUCUGAGCCAGCAUCGAACAAUGACAACAGCAAAUCCAUCUGGGUCUUCAAAAUGUGCAACCUCAACUAACAAGGCGUCAUUAUCAACUGGAAUAUCAGCAGGUUCUGCAUUGCCAGGAGUAGCUGCAGCUGUGAGCGUUAAUUACCCAAAUUUGGGUUCCAAAGAAGCUCCAUACUUGACCAUGCUACAAAAUAAUGGAUACACUUUUGCCAUGUCUACUCUAGGAAACCCAUCAGUUACUAGAGGGGGAGCCCCUGCUCAGGCUUUCCCUUUCUUAAGUGGGCCCUUCUAUUCAUCUCAACUAUUUCAUUCUCAACUUCAACAGCAGCAAGCUCAUUCUCAGCCUUUGGUUCAAUCCACUUAUCAGAAUGCAAGUGCAUCAAGUGGCUCAUCAUCAUCACUCAAGCAACAAGAAAAAAAUCAACGGAGGGGUGCACAAGCUAGUGGUGAAAAGUUUUUGAUCCCAAGAAGUAUGAAUCCACAACAACUACAGAACUAUCAAAUGCUACCAUCCAUUCAGUCUCGCAAACUUGAGGCUGAGAUGAGUGGGGAGAAUACAGCCUUUGUUGCUGGUAGCCGAACCUCACACAUGCAGAAAAGUGUUUAUGGUCACAACUCAAAUCAUCCUCCUCAACCACCAAACUUUGAAUUGGUGCCUUCGACAAAAGUAGGUGGCAACAGUGGCAGUGGCAGUGGCAGUGGCAGUGGCAGUGGCAGUGGCAGUGGCAGUGGAAAUCUCAAUGAAAAGCAGGAGCAAUCGCAGCAUAAGAGUUUGAAGGGUGGAGUUGAAAUAAUCCCUUACCAAGCAUUGGCCAUGUCAUUUGCCUCCUUCCCUGGAAAUAGCAUGACUUCUAAGUUCAACUUUUCAUCUGUGGCACAGAAUCCUGCAGUCUUCCACAGCUUCCCUGACAGGGCUAAGCAGCAGUAUCAGAUUGCACCAGUACCAAAUGGCACAGAGCAGAAGAAUAUCCAGAUAUCUGAUGUGAAUAAUGGGACUGGUUCAACCAUUCUUGAUGGAAAAAAGGCUGCUCUGGGUAAGCCACAAGCAAUGAAUGGGCAGACAGCCUUUUUUCACAAUUCAGCAAGAACCCUGAAUUUUGUGCCUUCUACUAUCAUUGGAAAUUGGUCUCCUCACACCAUCUCCUCAACUGCAGCAACUUUAAAUCCUCAUGUGAUUAUUAAUUCAUCAAAUUCCCAUCCACAGCAUCAGCAGCAACCUGUUGCGGCAGCUCAUAGUAAGGCUCAGACAGCUAACAGCAUACCUGCAUCUUCCAUAGCUGCCAAGCUUUCUAACAAUGAUGCUAUAUUCCCGCAAGCUCUGGUCCAAUGCAACAGUUCCACUCAACCAACCCAAGCUUGCUUAAUCCUUCCUACAUCACAUUCAGCUACAAAAUUUGCCACCCACAAGAAUCUUCCCCAACAGUCUCAACAUGGCCAAAUACAGAUAUCUUUUGGGGGAAAUCCCAAGUCAGCUAUAUCACCAGAAGUGACCACUAGUAGUCAUGUUGCAUCUCCUUUGACAGUAAGUUCUCCAUCCAGUGGUGGCAGCUUGAGAACAAGUUCAACAGGUAGCAAAGGUGGUUCAUCAAUUCCCACACUACAAUCACAGCAGAGUGAGAAUUCUUCUAACGGGACUGGCCAGAAAUCCUCACCAGUGUGCGGUAGGAAUGUGCCUUCUAUAUUGAGCAAAUGUCCCAGCCAUCUCUCUGAACUCAGGUAUUGAGAUUCUGCUGCAAAUCUAAAUGCAGAAGCUUUCUGACUCAUCACUUCCAAGGUAGACAAGCUUGUGGGUGCUUUUGCAUAGGAACUAGUUAUUUUUAUUAUAACUGGCACCUUCAACAGAGGCAUGAAGUGCAGCUAGUGGUUGAUAACAUUUUCGUGCUAGCCAGUCUUACUCAGGCAAGGCAGAACUGAUCCUAACAUUAACCACAUUUUGGGGUCAUAGUUAGCAGUCUAGAUGUAGUAGGAAUUCAACCGGGUCAAAUUAAUUUGAUUGGUCUUAAAUUGAUGCUGAUGUGUAAAUAGUAUAAUCAUUUCCGUAGAAAGCAAUGUUCCUAAUUUUAUUAUUUUAGUUGGAAUUGAUCUUCAUAUUUCCAUGUUCUCUCCAUUGUCAUUGAAGGGUCGUAGGGCCCAUCGCGACUUUAGGAGGUAGAGAGAAGAAAAUCUAAAAGAAAAGGUGGAAACCAUAAGCAAUUGAAUCAUAUUGGCGGCCAUCUCGGCGUUCUUUUGUGCCUUAUCGCCUCUUGUUGCGUAUGAUGGAUGGAUUUGGUAUCAAUCAAUGAAUUCCUUCCUCUCUACGCACUAAAAACCAACGCAUGUCGUCUGCAGGGUUGAAAUUCUCGAAUGCUAUGUCUAUCAUAUUAAAAUGGAUUCUGAUAUCUUACAAUAUGGACAAGUUCUGGGUGAAAGAGACUGAAAUGAUUCCGAGAAGAUACUUCCUAUUCCAUACCAGUCUCACUAUUCCGAUUUGCUCAAGAAACCAAAAACUGUUUG